AUGGCGGUCGCUGUCCCGGUGGUUCCGCCGACGGUCAAGCCGGUGGCCAAGCCUGUAGCCCACGCUGUGGCGCCGGCCAAGCCCAAGGCCAAGAAGAAGCGAACGGUGCUCUUCUUGCCGCCCGAGAUGCAGAAGCUCUUGGAGAGCGGUCGGGCUCUCAACAGCGACGACUCGGACGACGACGAUCAUCACACUGGCCCGGCAAAGAAGAAGGCCAAAGCUGCGCCGAGGUCUGUGGCGCGCGAGGCGCCCGACACGACGGGGCUCCUCGGGUUCCUCCCCGCCCCAAAGGUCGCGCUGCCAUCGCCGCCGUCACCGAAAGUCAAAAAGCCGCUUCCGCCAGUGCAGCACGACGCCUCCUCGGCGAGCGCCGUCGGGCAGGCCGCUGCCGCCUCCCACCUCUACGUACCGACGCUGGACGACGACGGAGACGAUGGCGACGACGCCGAGCACGUGCAGAGCAAGCGCGUGCGCAACAAGGAACGCCAACUCGAGCGCAUGCUCCAGCAAGGCAAGUUUGACGCGGUCGCUGGACAGGUCGUUGACGUCCAAGCCGCCGCGCCAGGCGCGUGGAAGCCGCCAAUCGAUGGCUCGACCGUCUUUGCCAGCGAUCGCGAAGCCCAAGUCCUCGCCGAAAUGGCGGGCACCGAGACAGAGAAUGGCUACGUCGUUGCGUCGUACCGCCCUUCGAGACUCCAGCGGCAGCGCCAUCAGCUCAACCAGCUCACGUUCGACGCCAAGCUGCGCGAAUUCGAUCUGCAGGACAAAAAAGGGCUCGCGCUCAAGUCCAAGCGCGAAACCCAAGCCAAGUACGGCUGGUAA